UCGGUGCUGAAAACCACGGCCGGCCUCUGCUCUGCCGAACCCCCAUUUCCCCCCUACAUACACCAAAUCUGCAGCCAUUUUAGCUUCUUCUGACACCCCAUGCCCCCAAACCAAGCGAGCGACAUGCCCCUCUAGCUCCAGCGACUUCUCUGGGGCUGCUCCCACCUGGCGUUGGCUGCAGUCAUGCGCUCAUAAACCGGGCAUGGAAUGAGCUAAACGGCGGGAUGGAGUCUCCGUGGUGUCCCGUGUUCGUCUUCGCAUUGGCUGUCUGCCUCUGCUGCUUCGCACCAGCACGAGCCGACGGAAGCUAUGGUUGCCUGUUUGAAGAUGACCUUUGCCUAGCUUACGAGUUCUGUGUCAACGACGGUGUCUUCGGAAGGUGUCAGCAGCUGGCCGGCGCAGAUCUGAACACGUACGCUGUGUCUUUCUCCAGUUUGCUGGGCCUCAGGACGCUCUUGCAGAAACUGGCUCACAGAGGUCUUACGUGGCACGAUGACAUCACACAGCAGGUGAUCUCCCGAGAGCUCUCCAAACUGAGGAGCAGCCCCGUCGGCCGUCACGAGGCAUCAGAGGUGCUCCUCGAGUCAAAAAGCGGGACUGCAGGCAGGAAUGCGAGGCCUGCGAAAGCGGAGUUGAGCAAGAAUUUUCAGCGCUUCCUGAAAGGCUUGCACUUCCCACCACCACUGCGGCCUGGAGUUCAACAAGAGGCAGCCAACACUCAGAAUGAAGGUCUCACCGUUGACGGUCCUCCGGAUCGUGGUCCACCAAAGUUGGGCUGGAAGGAGACCAGCGUCUACAGCCUCCAGAAUGAUUUGGACCAACCCCCCACCACCAAGGUCUUCUCUCAGAGCGGCGAGGGCAGGCACCCUCAGCUUAGCGCCCCCUACAAGACCCUCUCCAACCACUUGGAGCAGCUCUUCAGGGAAGACGGACCAUCGGGGUCCAAAGGGAAGCUCCGCUACCUCGGCUAUGUGCGCCCACCCCCAGAUGAGGUUCGCUUGGCUUUUGGUUCCAAAGCCCCAAAACUCAGUCUGGAUGGAUUGCUGGUCAGGAGCGGGUCCAAACAACUGACCGCCAAGAAGCCCCCUAAUUUCAUGAAUGAUCAUUUGUUCCAGGAUAUGAUCAAGCAUUUGGGAGGGCACAGCUUCAACAUGGACCCUUGGAUGAGCAAAGACUUGGACCAACUGGCUAACGUCCUCACCGGAGCUCUGCAAAAAGCCGAGGCGAGGCAACCAGAUCCUGGGACCCAGCCGGAACCGGGUAACCAGGUUUCGGAGGGAGACGGGGACCUAAUAGCUGGAAUGGAAUCAAACCAAGUCUUGAAUGUGAAACCGAGCAAAGUACUGGAUGUCAACCCGAAGGUCCCUUUGAUAUUUGGACAAGGCCAAAAAGAAGACGACACAGCCAACAAGGAGCCUGUUGACAAGCAUACGGCCAUUUUCUCCAAGCUCCUUGAUUAUCUUGACAAAUUUGGCGACUCCUCUGAAGUCCAACCUGCUCCUGGCGGAAAAGCGGUGGGCCUGGAGAGCGUUCGGAGCCGGACCAUGCAGUCCCAAGGUGCAGAGAAAGGCAUUUCGGCACCUGCCAGGGAAAGCUCCACCGUACGCUUGACUGGCACCGCGGCGAGGCCUGACUCCGAGAUGGGGAAGGAGAUGCACAAACCUGCCGGCAAUGACAUGAAGGUGAAAACUCAGCUAGUCCACGUUGGACUGAAGGAGUUUUCCAGCAGAGGGAAAGACAGACAUUUUGGAUACAUCAUAACCGGCUCAGACUCCCUCACAUCCGACCAGGCCAUCGACUUGAUGGAACGGCUCACCCAGGAGCUGCACCUCCACGCCGCAGACCUCACGCAGCUAUCUGUUCUUGGCCCGGCGUUGACUUUCCGGGUCGGGCUCAACCCUGCCAAUGUAACCACCGCAGAUCUGGUGCAAGUCGCAGUCCAAGGGAAACAGCAGCUGGAGAAGGAGACAGGCCUGAAGAUAGUGGAGGCUGGAGUCAGUGACAGGGGAAGCCUGAGCCACAUCCCGGUGGUGAAGGAGACCCGGGUGGAGUCGGGCCAGCUGGCGAUUCUCUCGGUGCUGUGCGUGCUCAUCAUCCUGGUGGUGCUGGUGGUGUCAGCCACCUUCUUCUGUGUGCGCCAGCAAUCUCACCUGCACAUGAAAGAGAAACUCUCCGGCUUGGGCACUGACACCAGCAGCGAUGCCACGGCAACCUAUCAGGAGCUGUGUCGUCAGCGUAUGGCCAUCCGGGCGUCGGAGCGCGUGGAGCGUCCUGAGACUCUGCGCCAUUCGCGUCUCAACAGCGUGUCCUCCCAGUUCAGCGACGGCCCCGGGGCCGGCAGCCCAUCGGCGCGCAGCAGCACCUCCUCCUGGUGCGAGGAGCCCGUGCCGUCCAACAUGGACAUCUCCACAGGUCACAUGAUACUGUCGUACAUGGAGGACCACCUGAAGGACAAGAACCGUCUGGAGCGCGAAUGGGAGGCCCUGUGUUCAUACCAGGCAGAACCCGCCACCUGCAGCAUUGCCCAGAGUGAGCAGAGCACCAGGAAGAACCGCUCAGACGCCGUGCUAGCAUAUGAUCAUUCCAGGAUCACCUUGAAAGCGGAGAAUAACCACAGCGGCUCCGAUUACAUCAACGCCAGUCCAAUCAUGGACCACGACCCUCGCAACCCUACUUACAUCGCAUCGCAGGGUCCGCUUCCCUCCACCGUGGCCGACUUCUGGCAGAUGGUGUGGGAGAGCGGCUGCGUGGUCGUCGUCAUGCUCACUCCCGUUUCGGAGAACGGCGUCAAGCAGUGUCACCGCUACUGGCCGGAUGAGGGCUCCGAUGUCUACCAUUUCUACGAGGUCAACCUGGUUUCCGAGCACAUCUGGUGCGAGGACUUCCUGGUCCGGAGCUUCUACCUGAAGAACCUGCACACUAAUGAGACGCGCACCGUCACGCAGUUCCAUUUCCUCUCCUGGAUGGACCGCGGCGUCCCCAACAUGGCGCGCACCCUCUUGGACUUCCGCAGAAAGGUUAACAAGUGCUACCGGGGUCGAGCGUGCCCAAUUAUUGUUCACUGCAGUGACGGCGCCGGCAGGAGCGGGACUUACAUUCUGAUUGACAUGGUCCUCAAUAGGAUGGCAAAAGGUGCUAAAGAGAUUGAUAUUGCCGCUACCCUGGAGCACUUGAGAGACCAGAGAGCCGGCAUGGUCCACACAAAGGAGCAGUUUGAGUUCGCGCUGACGGCCGUGGCCGAGGAGGUGAACGCCAUCCUCAAAGCGAUGCCUCAGUAAAGGCCGCGCACCUCCUCUCUUUCUCUCUCUCAUUAUAUGUAAAAAAAAAUAUAUAUAUACAUAUAUAUAUAAAAAUAUACAUCUACACACAUACAUAUGCACACACACUCACGUUAAGUGUGUCGGGCAAGUCUUCCAGUGGCCAAAGAUGGCGUUCAGGUACCUCUACCGUAGUUUGUCCAGGGCCUGAAUUGAUAGGAUGCCUCAGUCGGGUUAUAAGUGAGUCGAUGAGUCGUUCAAUGCAAAGCAUGUCUGUUUCACUGCAAAAACAAAGGGUCCCCAAAGACUUAAAAUUGUAUUUUAAAAAAAAUUGGAAGAUAAAAUAAGAUUAUUAUGUUCAUUUAAAAAAAAACAUUUCGGAUUAUGCAGGAAUAAUAUCAAUGCAAUUUUGCUUUUUUUCCCCCCCUCACAAAUGUAUGACUUUUUUCUUGCUUAUUUUUCCUUCUCUUUCGGAUAGAUAUUUGAGAAUACAUUAUGUGAAAAUAACAAUGUAAUGAGAAAUGUAUUUUUAGAACAAUAUAUUUUUCCCGUGAAAAUUGAGUUAUAUGUUACAGCAAAAGAACAUGUGUUGACAAAAAUGUGAUUAUUUUCUUACAAUUUUUCAAUGACAUUCUUAUUUUUCAGACUAUUCAGAAUUUACUUUUAUUUUUUUUGAAAAUAUAUGUAUUUACACAUUGAAUGAGACGAAAGUCAUAUUCAUUUUUUAUGUAUUUUUACAAGAAUAAAGCUAUUUAAUUCCAUAUUUUUGAAUAAUUAAUUAAACAUCGAGAACAAAGUUCUAGUAUUCCAAUACAAAUGUAACAUGAUACAAAUCAUGUCAUACUAUUGAAUUAAUAAAACGUGAAUUAUUUUUUGAGAAAUAGUAAGUUUAUGACCGGGAAAAAUGGAACAGCAGUUAUUCAUCUCAAUCAUUUUACAAAGGUUUCUUCGCCAUGAUUGGUUCUAAACACACACAAAAAAAGUCCCGAAGACAUGCUUUUCAUAGAACAGCGGCUGCGUGAUUGCGCAGUACAGACGUACCUGAAUGUUCUGUUCUUCGUGCCACUGGCCAGCUUUGACAUCAUGUCCUGGUGAAGAAUUGCAGAGAAAUCCACUUUGAUGAUUCUGUACACUUGACUGUAAUAUUGCCCGAGCGAUCCCAACGACGAAGGCGCCGUCAUUUUGGAACAAUUAAAGCAAAGAGAAAAUGUGUCAUCACUCCAAGUGAGCAAAAUCUGUUUACGAAAGUAGUCUGUGUUGCUAAAAUGACCCAUAUGACUGCUUUACUGCUUUAUUUUUUUUCCUUGUAACUUUAACAAAUCAUUUUUUUCUUUUCAGUGCUACACCCCACCCCUCUCCCAAUCUCGCCCUCCUACUUGCCAACUGUGCACAUGAAUAUCGACAUGCUAAAAAGUUCACUCGCAGUGAUACGGCAUCACUCAUUGACAGACACCACAUGGCCGCAAAUACUAAAAAUAACUAAAAGGUAGUGUCUUGUCCUCUUUACUAUCUUGCUAGGAAGUGUUCUAUCUAUUUACCGAGAAUGUGUGCUAGCAUCGUGGUUGUUGUGCGGUGAUCCCUCACUUAAACGCGGUUCAUAGGGACCGGAGUAUAUGUGGGUACCAGCAUGAUUAAAACAUGUAAACAGUAUUUAUACUUGACAUAUUUGAGACAAAGACUACAGCAGUAAACGUAUUUAUUUAAAUAUUGAAUUAUAAAACCUUAUACAGUAAUUAACAAUCCUCAACAUUCCUUCUGAGAAGAGACUUUUGUGUUGGUGGCGUAGAAGACGGACGGCUCUCAUUUGACACUGGCCGCCGUUAGCCUCCAGCUAGCAGCUAGCUGGAGGCUAACUAGCUAGCUGCUAGCUCCUGGCCAGCUUUCCCCACGUAGCCGAUGUGUUUAUGAUAAGACAAUUAAUCGGUAUUGAGGAGGAGGAGGCGAAGAGCGAAUUGCUGCUGCCAAAUCGAAAUCGUGCUAUCAUUGGUCCAGGCAUGUACAAAACCUCUGAGUCAUUCAGGAUUUUUAUUUUUAUUUUUCUGAAUACAGUACUUUGGGGGGAAAAUAAUAUACCAAAGCUGCAAUAAAUGAACCGCGAUAUAGCGAGGGAUCACUGUAUUCAUGUAUCACGGGUACAUUGUGAUAUGUUGCGCAACAUGAAUUCCUCUACCAGAGUGACUCUGUGACAUUUUUCUCUCUCCACAGUAACUUUCACUGAUAAUAAAGAUAAUUGCAAUCCA